AACAGAUUAUCUAGAAAAAUCAAGACCAAUUUACAGUGUCCGCCUGCUUUAAUCACUUUACCCAGGGGCAAAAAAAACCUUUGCUUCCGAAGAAUGACCAAAGGGAGACAAAGGCUACUAAACAUACUCUUAUUUUGUAAUAAGCCUUGUUAUCUUUUCCUUCCUUCGGCUAUUUCAACUUACGAUCACACGACAUCUAAAAGUGUAGAUCUAGUCGAAGGUUUAGCCUAGCCUAGGCCUACAGUUUAGAGACCUCUAAAUUGCGCAAGUUUUUAGUAAGCAAGUAUACUGAACUUGCAAAUUUGCGCGUUUGCAUUAGUAUUAGCCACCUGUCUAAAAAGCGGGCGAGGCCUUUCAUCAUUAAGCAAUUGUUUUUUAUCUGUAUUAAAUACUGGGUCAGAUCAGUAGGUGGAUCUUUUCAUAAAUAAACAUUACACUCUUUUCCAAAACUGAAACUUCUUGAUUGAUUGCAAGAUUAUGUAAGAUUCUAGGUUCUGUAAGACCAUAAAAAAACAAAAAGCGUCUCGUCUAGUUUGAGCCUAUAAUUAUGAUAAUUGUGCUCUUUGGUUGUUGGGGACCGUCAGAUCGUUUAGAGUCUUUCUCAGUUGGUCUAUACUACUAGAACAUAAACAUGUAUAAUUAUAAAUAAAAUACAAUGUACUAGGGUACAUUAAUUAAUUCUUUAAAAUCUGGAGUAAUCCGGGGCAGUCCAGACAGGAGGAAGAGCUCCGAUCUUGAAACUACCGUUGUCUCAUUAGGCCUAACCUCCCUUGUUUAUGACGCAUUGUGGGACUACUAUGGCCUGCUGCCGGAGGCGGAAGUUGUUUGUUUGUCAACAAUCUCUGGAACAGGAUCUGAAGAGGGUACACUUCUGCUUGUUCUGGUCAAUUUACACUGUGCUGGUCAAUUUACAGUCGUAGUUUGCCAGCCUCAUGGACGAUAGAUAUGAUAACCUUUCACAUUUUUAGUCCGCCAUGGCGUAUCUAGAUAUCUAGAUUCUAGAUCUAGAAUCUAGAUCUAGAUCUAGUCUUCAAUCAGGCUCGCGAAACAUUUUCAGGUCAAGGUGUAAAUAAUUGCGACUGGACUGGGUCAGGCUCUCUGUCUCUUGUUGGAUUUGGAGAUUCUCACCUGAUCAGUCGAGACGAGCCAGGUGUGAAAUGCCAUCAUGCCUGGUAAAGCAUUGAAAAAGAAGGAUUUGUACUUGGGAAAAUGUAUGGACGAUCUGCACAAACUGUCUGAAGUCAAACCUCUUGGGAACAAUGUGAACAUUAUCAUUCGAUCGGCUGCCAAAGUCUUCAAGGAUGCAGAAUCUUUUGAUGGGCAAAAUGAUGAAGAGCGGUCCUUUGUCAUGUACAUCAAGUACUUCAAUAUCCUGAAGCAAGUCAAAUCUAAACCGGACUAUAAAAAACAAAAGGACUAUUUUGAUAAUCUUAUCGGGAAAAAAAAUCAGUUGACAGCAAUAGAGCGAGCGGAAGUGCUCGCUGACAGUCUCAAAGAAAGGUAUGAUCUUAAAGAAGCCGAAGCUGUGGCUAAGAAAUUGGCAUCGCUGGACACUAACUCAGACGCGAAGAAUGGAGGAGAGGAGAAGAAGAAUGAAAUCACAGCAGCACCCGAAGUGAAGGAGAAUGGCAAGCCGGCGGAAAGUGAACCAGCACCCACCCCAGGGUUGAUCAAGUGCACGGACUUAUGUAAACUUUUACGUGAUUCGGAGGUUCAGCUGAUCCUAAUGGAUGUCCGACCUGCUUCAGACUUUGCUCAGUCUCACAUCUCACACACAGACUGCAUCAGCGUGCCAGAGGAGAUCAUUGUACCCGGGUCCACUGUAAACCGUAUGCAGGGAAAUCUCCCGAGCGAGUCGAAGGAGGUGUGGAUGAAGCGGAAACACGCGGAUCACAUCAUCCUGUUUGACUGGAAGUCAACGCUCAACUCGGUGACUGUUGGCACGCCGCUGAAAACUCUCAAAGACGCACUCUUUAAGUUUGACACAAGCACCAUCAUCAAGUCGGAGCCCCUGGUUUUGGAGGGUGGCUACGAGCAAUGGCUGCUGUUUUACCCUACAAUGACCACCAAUGCCCAUGUGGUCAAACCCAGUGACCUCCACAGAGAAAAAAACCCGUCACCGACGGCAACACUGGACUUUGACUAUCCAGAACUGGAUGAGAAUCUUCAAAAAAUUGUUCCCUCCAAAGGGAAAUUACAGCCCGACAGCAUGCCCACCGAUCAGUCAACUCACAUCGACAACGGAGCACCUCUGGCCAAUGAAACUCAUCCCCCGUCCUCCGCUCAGCCGGCUGCUCCAAAGUUUGACCGCACACUAAAGCCAAGUCGUUCUGGGGAGCUGGCAUUAAACAACACCACUGCCUUGCCGAGACAAGGUACACUGUCUCCUUCCUCAAGUUCUGAGUUUACCAGCGGUGGAGAACUGAAUAAUUCUAGUCAAAGCAGCAAAGCCAAUACCUCAUCCUCCCUGAGUUCAGGACUUUACCCUCGUGUGCUCUACGAGAAAAACUCAGACAUGAAAGUCAACAAUAAGAAUAUCAAUAUAUUAAAUAACGACCUCUCUAGAAAUGACCUCAAGAGUUCUAAUCUGGACGUGGAUUUGAAAGAGAGCAUGCUACAGAGGGGGAAGAAGGAGACAGAGCUCCGAGAUUUCCAACAACAGAAAGAUAAGACAUUGAGGGAGGAUGACCAGAGGCUGAGGGAAGCAGAACAGAAACUGAAAAACCUUGAGGAGAUGAGGAAAAAGGAGCAAAAAGAUGUGGCCGAUUUGAUGAGGAUGAAGAGGAAACUGACAGAGGAAAUCGACGUGGAGAAACGACGACAAGAGGAAGACCAGCAGCGAUUGGCUGAGGAGGAGGUCACGAGGACGCAGGCUCUGGAAGCAGCCAGGCAGGAAGAGGAAGAAAAGAGGCAAAGAAUGAGAGAAGUGGAAAAGCUGCGAGAAGAACGCAAGAAGAACGAGCAACAGAAGGAAGAAGAGAGAAUGCAGCAGGAGGAAGAGCAGAGAAAGCAGUUGGCAGCCACGAGGGAGGCAAAGUUACAAACGGAACAGCUUGAGAGGGAGAGAGAGAUGGAGGAAAAGGAAGAGGAAAAGAAGAGGAUUCUGGAUGAGGUGGAAGCGAAACGCCUGGAGAGGUUGAGAGUAGAGGAAGAGCAGAAGAAAGCGGAAGACGCAAUACAAGAAAAGUUGAGGAGGCAGAAAGAGGCGGAGGAGGUCGCGAGGCAGGAGGUUGAGAGAGAGGCUGCAGAGAGAAGGCAGAGAGAGCAAGAGAGGCAGAGGAAAGAGAGAGAGGCCAGGGAGAAACGAGAGAUUGAAGAGAGGGCCAGGGAGCGAGAGAGGAAGCGCAAGGAGCAGGAGGACAGGCAGAGGGAAGAGGAGAGAAAGAAGAAAGAAGAAUUGCAGAGGGACGAAAAGGCAAAGAUUGCUGGUCAGAUUGCAGGUGCUACAAACGGCCAGUCCAAGUCUGUUCCCUCCACGUACUUGCCCAAAGGCUGGGAGAAACGUCUGGACUUUUCCACCAACAGAUAUUUCUACAUCGAUCACAACAAAGGACUCACACAGUGGACUCCCCCAUCAAUGCCUGCUGAUAUGAAAGGUGCAAGCGUGUACACGACACAGCUCAAAGAUGAGCCCAGUGUGUCCAGCUCACGGGGUCUCUCCCGCUCGCACUCCUCGCCCAACAUCAUGAAGGAAUUAGCAGACGAGGAGAAGGCCAGACGGGCUCUGCCGGGAGUGGACAGGGGAAGUAAGCCAAGCAUCAGUAACUCACAAGGGUUGAGCAAACAGAUUGUGUAUCAGAAGAAGGCGCCGGACUUGAACCCUGUCUAUGGGAAUGUGGGCCCAGCACUGACAGGUUUGAGAAAUCUGGGCAACACUUGCUACAUGAACUCCACGGUGCAGUGCCUGAACAACACCACGCCCCUGGUCACCUACUUCGUCAACGACUACCAUCUCGCUGACGUCAACAGGUGAAAAAAGCGCCUCAAAUCCCCGAGCAGAACAACGAGAACCUGCCGGAUCACCAGGCGGCAGAGACAGCGUGGAAACACCACAGGAUGCUGCACCGCUCUGUUAUUGUCGAACUUUUCCAGGGCCAGCUGAAGUCCACCCUGAUGUGCAGGACAUGUAGAAAGACAUCUGUCACCUUCCAGGCCUUUAUGUUCCUCUCUCUGCCCAUACCAGCGUCUAACCGAUGUUCUCUCAAGGAGUGUAUCCGAGAGUUCCUCAAGCCUGAGAUGAUGACGGGCAGCAGCAAGUGGAAGUGUCCGCGGUGUAAGGUCGAACGGGACUCGGAGAAGAAAAUAGACAUCUGGAAACUUCCCCCCAUUCUGCUCAUAGGCUUGAACAGAUUCUACAGUGAGGGAAUGUGGAUGCAGAAAAAGACGACGUAUGUUGAUUUCCCGACUCAAGAGCUGGAUCUUUCUGAUGCUGUCAUAGGACCCAAGCCCAGGAAAGCUUUCAACCUCUAUGGAGUUUCUAACCACUAUGGCACCAUGGAAGGUGGACACUACACAGCGUGUUGCCGUAACCCCGUGAACAAGAAAUGGCACAAGUUUGAUGACCAGGACGUCUACGAAAUCAGCGCCUCGGAUGUCAAGACGUCUGCCGCGUUUGUUCUGUACUACUCGUCCAUCGAGCUGCAGGAGCCAAAGUACAAAAUGUCCGCGUGAGAGCACACACAGACGACCUCAUCUGGAAAAAUCAAAUACAACUUUAUCUUGUGAACAUUAUUCUGUUACUUUUUGAAAGUUCAUGAAAGAUUUGCAUUUUGACAGAUAAUGAAUGUCUAAUUUUUUAUUUUUUUUAAAUGUACAUGUCACUUUCUGAAAUUUUAUUAUCUAUUCUAUUUAUUGUUUUUUUCUAUAUUUAUCAUUUUUUUAAAUACAUUUCGUUUAUUUCACAUCAUGUUACAUGUACUGUUAAGAUUAAGAGUAAGUUACCCUUACUGCAGCACCGUUGUGGUACAUCAGUAUCUGUGGCUCAGCUAUAGCAAUGUGUAAAUAUUCCCUCUCUGUGGGGUAGUUGGAGGUCAGGCUGACUCUGAACUAAUGCACCGGUGCUGUGUUUCUGAACUUGAGCAAAUACAAAGCAGCUCUCUGGUUUAUACAUUAUUUGUUGCAGUGGAAAUAAAUUUGUGAGGUAGCAGCUCAACUAUCACACUCAGAGUUUUGUCAAAAGUUCACAUUUUUAGAUUAUGUUCCAAGGUAUUGGGACGGGGCGCAAGCCCUGUUAUACCCUCUGUGCUGUGUGGCUGUUGAAAUAUGGGCAGUUGUAAAAUGCCAUACUAUUUUUUAUCGAUGUUGUGGUGAGCGGUCAGUUCUUUUGUUCCUCCAGUAAAUAGCUGUGCUGCUACUCUGCGAAAUGAGGGGUGCUCUGUGGGUGUUUUGGGCAAUUUUUUGUACUAAUGAUUUCUUUAUAUCAAUUUGUACAGCAGGCAUUAUGAUGAAUGGAAGGAGUGAAUGAAUAGAAUGUUAUGGCGAAAACUUUAUUAUAUCUUUUCUCACGUUCCCUCCUUCAUCUUCUAUGGGAUUGUUGAUGGUUAGAAGGUGCCACUGGCAGGUCCAACCUCUGUUCUUUCCUUACAUUUACAUUUUUAGUAUCUGUUUGUUUUUUUUCCACCACCAAAUGACCUUUGUUGUGUUGAUGUGCUUCUUUUAGAUUCCUCCACCUUUUUUGUUUGAGCAGAGAGAAGCGUGUCGACAGAACCAGAGUCUCUUAGUGUCGGGAGCUGGUAGAUCUAUUUAUCAUGUUAUACAGAGCUAUUGGAUUAUUUUAGUAUCAUUUCGUAUCACGUCUAUGGACAUUGCCUGUCACUUUGGUGUAGUACGUAGACUUUGUGUUUAUAAAAAAAAUUGUUGGUU